ACAUCAAAUUUCCCUUUUUUUAAAAAAAUAAAUAAUAAAUAAAAAACCUUCUUAAUUCUUUUUUGCAUUUUUUCCAUCUUAAUAAUGAUAUUCAAUGAACAUAGUAUAACCUAUUAUAACCUGAACCUCCAUUUCUUUAUUCUAUCUCCAUAGAAAGUACUGUUCAUGGAUUCAAAGGUGGAAUGUCUCCAAACAGAGCUUGAAAGGUUGAGAAAAGAGAAUGAAGCUCUAAAGUUUAUGCUCAGAGUUGUGAGCAUCAAGAAUUUGGUUUCUCAAACGGAUGUUUGUUUAAGAGAUCAAAGUGAUGGUUUGAACCAAAGUUCGAACACAAGAGCGAGAGCCGAUCUCGAAGUUCCACUCGCUCUCGCACUCGGACCUUCGUCCACGACCCAAGCAUAUGUUAGAACUAGCUUCAAAGACCAAGCAUUGAUGGUGAAGGAUGGAUAUAGAUGGAGAAAAUAUGGGCAAAAGAUUACGAAGGACAAUCAAUCUCCUCGUGCUUAUUUCAAGUGUUCUUCUCCAGGAUGCCCAGUCAAAAAAAAGGUACAAAGAAGCUUGGAAGAUAAGUCAAUGGUCAUAGUCACAUACGAUGGUCACCACAACCAUCAAAAUGGCUCUCCUUCUCCGCUUUCAACCUCUCGACGACGGUCUUCGUCUCUAUCUUCUCCGGCGGCCGUCCGUCGUUUGCCACUUCCACUGCCGCCUUUGUCACCACCGCUUUGGGUGGAGAGCAACCGAGUUGUUCCACCAGUGUCGCUCGAUCUCGAUCUUACUCUUUCGAGAGACAAAACAUAUUAAAAUAGAAGAAAGUUUCCAAUUUAAAAGAACGAUGGAGUGGAAAAACUCUUUACAUAAUUAAAAAUUACUUCUAAUCUUGGACUAAAAACGACUCUAAUGUCGAUGAAGAGUUGGGUUUUUUUCUUUUGAGAUCCAAUUGUAGUGUCAAUUUUUUUUUUUUUUCCCAUUUUAACUUUUGUCCUUGAAACUUUUAAAUAUGCUGUCUUUUGUCUCCAAAAUUUUGGAUCUUUUAUCCGACUAUGCGUAUAAUUAAAGUAUAUAAGCUAAUUGCCUAAAAACCAAAAGUAAAAACAAAACAAAAGUAUAUAAAUCUGUGUAGAGUCCAACUGUUCACACCAGAUUUCAAUCCAAGGGUAAGAUAUUUAACCCGUAGAAAUGAAUUUGAUUUUAUUGAUUUAAAAUAUAAAUGUUACAUUCUCUAUUUUUUAUCCUUGGGUUCUUUCUCUCUUUUGAACUUAGUUGAUCGAUUUGGAUCGGUCUCUAGCUUGUUGAUGUGUUUGGAUCGGUCUCUAGUUUGUUGAUGUAUUUGAUUGACCUCUAGUUUGUUGAUACGUUUGGAUCGGCUUCUGGUUGUUGAUGUGUUGGAUUGGUCUCUGGUUUGUUCUGUUUGGAUCGGCAUGAACUUCUUGAUCGAUUUGGAUCCACCUUUAGCUUGUUGAUAGAAAUAAUUUCAUUUGAUGAGCAAACAUUUUCUCGACGGAUCGAUGCUUAGACAU